GUUUCCCAAAACUGUGACUUGUUUUAAAACAUAGUUUUCAUAAGAUGGUUAUAGCAUUCAUAGGUUGAUAACCCUUAGAUGGGCGACCUAUAAAGGUAAGGUAAGGUAAGGUUAGGUUAUCCCUGUGCUUAAUUAUGUAAUUAAGCACCAUGCCAUGAAGGCAUAUUGGGAGUGGAGUAUAUUACAUAUUCCACAGUGAUGCUUCUUACUGAGUAAGUAUUUUUGGUUCACCCAUAGUUUAGAAAAAUUUGAAGCACCUUCUGAGAAAUGUUACAGAUUGUAUAUGCUUAUUCUUUUCUGAUAUGGACAGGUGAAAACAAAGUAUACCCUUAGUAAUCCAAGCAUUAUAUGGUUUAUUUAUUAUAACUGACCCUUUUAAUGGAAAUACUGUAUUAAAAUAGUAAUAUAAAGCCACUAAAAAUGUUUGAUUAGAGGUAUUUGUCUCAUCUGAUAAAUAGACGUUUUCCCAUUGUUCCUCUUUUAGAGUUAGAUUAAAUUGCUCCCUGUUUUCUAGGAUGAAGUACCGUUUUUACUUAUGGAUUGCCUUUAUUGCUGGUUCAUCUGGUCUCUUGACAUAGAAUUUGAGCCUUAUGGUCUGAGAAUCCUAAGUCAAUAUUUGAUAUUGUUAUUUCAUGAUUUGAGACUUCAGUUAUCAUAAUAUCAAUAAGUGAACAUGAUGUUUUUGAGAGCCUAGCUGGCGUCCAAAUCCUGUUCACCAAGUUAUGCAUUUCCAGUAUAUUUUGUACUUUAUGCAACUUUGAAUUGUUAUGAAGAAAAUUAACAUUCCAAUCUCCACAAAUGAUAAGCUUUUUUUUUGUGUUCCUGAAUUCUUCUAAUCACAAUUUCUAAUUCUGCUAAGAAUUCAUCUAUAUCACCCUCUGGGGAUCUGUAGAUAAUAACCAUAUAUCCAAGAGUUUCACAGUCAAUAGCUUAAAUGCCUUUUCCUGACCCAUUCCAGUCAAAUAGUGAAUUUGUUUUGUUCUCAACAUGUCCCUGACGAAUAUACAUGAAUCUGCACCCUUUUUUCAUUCCUGCAAAAUUGGCUUCUUAAUUUAUAUUGAUCCAAAUUCAUCAAUUUUAUCAGGUCCCCUGAUAUCCAAUGUUCUGUGAAACAUAAAACAUCCAUCAUUGUAUCACUAACAUGUAUGUAUAAUAAUGACUCCUGGAUUUUGUUAUUUAGGCUUUGUGUAUUAUGGUGUAGCACUAUUAUGUUUUUCUUUCUCACAGUUGACCAUAAAAUAUCGACCUUUCUCUUUGAAGGUCUUCUUGACCUUUUGACUUGGGGACAGUUUACGUAAUUUCCUGACUGUUGCUCUUCAUUUAGAAUUUCAACUUGUUUAUCUUCUGUACUGUAGCUGCCGUCCUUAUCACCAUAAUUCAUAAUGUGUUGCAUUUCCUGGUCAUCCUUCAAGUUCACAAGGUCCGUCAGUUUUUUCUUCCCCCCAUUUUGAAUUGUCGAAUCCCUGACCAUUUUACUUCCACCUUUAUCAUCUUUCUUAGUUUCCCUAUGAAAAUCCACCUCCUGUACUUCAUUUCAAAUCAUGGCUAUAGGAGUCCUCUGUAUCUUCACAAAUAAGCCCUUUAUAUUCUUGAAUGCUUUAUAUCUUAUGUGAGACAACAGGAUGAAAACUAUUAAGCUGUUGUUAUGUUAUGUUACGCAUGGCAUUCCAGUGAUCCGUGGUGUUUAUACCUCCGUGGCUCCGUGUGUAUAUCUAUGCUUACGACUCACAAAUAAGUUAUACGCGGUCAUACGUGGGGAUUUGGUUUAUAGCGGUUUAUAGGUUGUUGAAGAAUGCUCUGGGAGUCUGUUUAGCGGUUAUUGGUUUUGCAGGAAACAAUGGGGCGGAAAAAUAGGCGUUAUUGUUGUGUGUUAACAUGUAGAAACUACUAUAAUGUAUUACGGGAAGUGUGUUAUUCUUUCCCUAGAAAGAAGAAGACGGCACAAGAAUGGGUCCGUGCUGUAAAUAACCCUAACCUGGUUGUUGAAGAAGCACAUAUGUACCACAGAAACAAGUGUGUCUGCCACCGUCAUUUUGCAACAUCCCAGUAUAAUACUCCUGAAAGGUUGCGCCUCAAUCGGGGUGCUGUACCCACACUAUUUUUGCCAUCAUCUGAUAGUAUUGAAAAUGGCCUUUCAUCAUCACAUCUGCAGAAAGUUUUUCUGUCAUCAUUAAGAUACAGUAAGAUUGCAGAGUCAGGCGUCCAGGAUGAACGUGAGUCUAGAGAGGAUGGUGUUAAGGAAGCGACAGGUAACCUUGAAGAGGCUGGAAGUCAAUUUGUUUCUCAUCUAGACAAUGGGUACAGAAAUGAAAGGGACUUAGAGCCACUGCAUAAGGAUCAAGAUAGAGUGGAAGUGCCAGUACAGGAAGAUACUCAAUUGAGACAAGAUAUUUUGACAGAAAAUGAUAGAGCACAGCACCAUAAUUCAAAUGGAAUGCAAACUAAUCACCAGAGUCACUGUAGAGAACCAGAGACACAUGUUGGUGGCACUGCAGUGAAUGAGAGAGACAUAACUGAAACUUGUCACAUCACAUCUGAUCAUGGUGACACUGAUGAAUGCAGAGAUGUAAAGUUUAUUCCAAACGAACCUUGUACAGUAGCAGUAGAUUCAUGGGAAAACCUACCAAAUCAACUGUGCCGACUCUGUGCGUCUACAGAUGAACAUCCAAAGCAGUCAAUUGUUGGCUGGCUGGGUAUGCUAAAUGAAAUAAUUCCAGAUUUGGUGGCCCUGAAUGACGGACUUCCCCAACACAUUUGCAGACCUUGCACAAACAAGCUGUAUACAUGCAAUAAGAUAAAGGCAGAUUUUGUUGAAGCAUAUAACAAACUUGAAGAAUGUUUGGGAUUUACAAAGUCACCAGGAAUUCAGUUUGUAGUUACUGCAUCAGCUGAUUAUGAUGAUCAGACAUUUGAUGAAGUGGCUGAGGAAGAGAUGGUGUGUAAGAAUGAAGAUUUAGUGUCUGAGGUUGAAGAGCAGUUAGCGUCUGAAGUUGAAGAACCGUUAGAGACCGAGGAUGAAGUACAGUUAGUGUCUGAAGUUGAAGAACAUUUAGUGACUGAGGAUGAAGUACAGUUAGUGACUGAGUUCGAAGAUCAAUUAGUGUCUGAGGCUGAAGGUCCGUUUGAGGUCCCUUCUGAAGACCUUCAUAGAGUUACACCAAUGUGUGAAAAUAACUUUCUUGAGGGCACCGAGAUGACUUUAAAUGCUGGAGAUGAUUUAUCUGUAAAUCCUGAAGAAUUUCCAAUUUCAGCAACUGAUGAUGGGACAACCCUCCAAGGAAGUUUUCCCCAAGGUGAAUCAGAGUGUGUUGCUGACAACUCAGGCAUGUGUGACAUAAUGAAGGGACAGAGAGUGCAAAAGUAUAAGUAUGUAUGUGGUGAGUGUGAGGAAAUAUUCACAAAAAAGGUAGCCCUGAAUGCACAUAGACUGUCCCAUGCUCCUGUUUCUGAAUGUGAAUUCUGUAGCAAGAAAUUCACUUCUACGUCACAGUUAGAUGACCACAGACGCAUACAUACAAAGGAAUUACCUUUCAUGUGUGAGGUCUGCGGAAAAUGUUUUCGAAACAUGACACGAUUGAGACACCAUGAGUUUGUUCAUAAACCACCUAGUUAUACUUGUCCAGUGUGUAAUAACAAAUUUCGUUCUAGAAUGUACUUAAGACAGCACAAGAGGGUGCACUCUGCAGACACAAAGCUGAUAUGUGAGCUGUGUGGAAAAAUGCUAUAUACUGUGUCUAGCCUACAGAUUCAUUUGCGAAUUCAUACUGGUGAGAAACCUUUUCAGUGUGAUGUGUGUGGAAAAUGUUUUAUUUCUGCUGGCAGAUUGAAGCAUCAUGGGUUUAAUCAUUCAGAUAGCAAAUUCCAGUGUGACACCUGUGGUAAGGAAUUCAUUUUCAAGAAGACAUUAAUACAACACCAGGAAUGUCACGUUAAGUUGAAGGAGUGUAGAUGCCCUAUCUGUUUAAGAGAAUUUUCAAAUUUACAAAACACAAAAAGACAUCGAAAGAUAAGUUGUAAGAAGCCUGUUUGUAUUGUCUGCGGUGAAACUUUUCUGACUGAUGAGAUGGUAGAAGAACAUCGGACAAAGGAACACACUGAGGAUGAGGUAGCAUUUGCAGCAAAAGGUUAUAGUAGACAGAAGUAUUUUAAAAGUUGUCCAGUUUGUGCCAAAUCCAUAUAUUCGGUAAGAGACAUGUUGAAGCACAUGAAGGAGCAUCACAGUGAUUAUGAUUAUAAACCAUUUGCUUGUGAACUAUGUACCAAAACAUUUUCUACUGCAAGUGCCUUGCGUACACAUAGGAUUUGGCAUAGCGAACACCGUUCGUUUCCUUGUGUGACUUGUGGUAAGAGGUUUAAGACUAAGUACACACUCAAAUGGCAUGAUUUAUCAGUACAUAAAAAUGAACAUCCUUUUCACUGCCCUUUCUGCGACCGCCAGUUUAAAAGACUGUCCGACUUGAUUGUGCAUAAGAGGAAACACACUGGGGAGAGACCAUUCCCAUGCCCAAUUUGUAUGCAGAAAUUUUUCACAAAAAGUGACAUGUUAAAACAUGCAAUGAAACAUUCGCAAAGUAGUGUUAAUGUGGCAUGGAAGGAAGUGGUUGAGGGAACUGUACCAAUAAGUGAAAUUGUUUUUCCUUCACAAGACUUGUCAUGUGAUGUAAAUGUGGUGGAAUGUGUCGAUUGAUUAUACAAAUAGAGUAUUUCACCAUGCAGUAUGUUAUAAGUCAUACCUGUUGCAGUCAGGAGGCUUCCAAACAGGUGUGUGGGUGUAACGUUUUUUGAGACAUGAUGCCCAAAAGCUCAAAUAUUGGAGUCAAAGAAGCAUCAUGGAUGCAUCCAUUGCUAUGCAACAUUUUAUUAAAAUGCAUAUCCAUGGCAACGGAUGUGCACACAACAGUUGGUUUUUAUUGAAGCUGUAUAAGGAGAACCAGUGGGGCCCAAAGCAGGAGACAGUAAAAUAUGGUCAUUAAGUUGCACGGGACUUGGAACCAUGAAUGACUGUGCUGGUGGGGCCAGCUGCAGUCUUACCGUACCCAAACUGACCCAAAGCAGGAGAGGUGAGAGUAGUCUCAACUCAGAGUGGCGAGACAGAAUAAUAUGUGCAUGAUGGGGUCCGGAGCCAAGAAUGACUGUAAGUGAAAGCCAGUAGCCAUUUGGCCAAAACCAAAACUGAAGUGGGUGGUGGUUGCAUGACUCCCAGACUUGUGAGACAGAAGAAUGUGGUUAUUAGUUCCAUACAAUGCAGAACCAAGAAUGGCUGUGCUGGCGAGGGCCAGUAGCAGUUUACCCGACCCGCCAAAGCAGGAGCCAUCAAGCACGGAAGUAUUAGAAAGAGUCCACAUUAUUGCAAGCCAUAACCAAGCAACGAGAAUGUAAAGAUAUAACAGACCAGAAAUAAUUGGAAUGUGCUGCAGUUACUUUUAGAAUGUGAGUAGUAGUGAAAAUAACAAUCUGUAGAUAAGAAUAAUAAGUAACCAGUAAAUUCAGUUAUCAAUCUACAUUGUGUCUAGUCAUUAAUCUAUGACAGAUGAUGUCAUAAGUGGGAUUAUAUCCUAUUCCACUCUCUUUAUUGUAGAGGAUGCAGUUAUUCAUUAAAUGAUCAAUUAAGGACAUUCCAAGGCUGUACUCAGCUUUUACAGACUUGCGGAUGGGUCAUACUUGCAUAAGGUCUCAGCAAGUAUUAAUUGACCUUCUGGUUGACUGCUAUCAGAUUUUCUAGGGAUGCCUGCCACUGUAACCAGGGAUGUAGGGUGUAACCCCUUAUCCCACUCAUCGAAUAUGGGCGCUGCAGUAAGAGCUCCCACUUUUCUUUGAUAUUGCCAGCAACCUUCCUGAGUUAAACAGUUACUUGAUCAGCUGCUUUGCAUCUGGAGUGUAAGCUGUUUCUUCGUUGUAAUUACUGUAGUAAUGGAGUUCUUCUGGAACAACAACCAAGUUUUUAAAGCAGGAGUGUAAGCACAGUAACUCCUGCGUUCAGUGUUGGAUUAGUUUCUGGGCAAGGGUGUCACAUGCAGCAUUUGAAGGGGUACACACAAGGAUGUAGGGUCCUAUUGUUAUUGUCCUCACCAGCAAAAUUGAGUCUGCCGCAAUCAGUGGUUUUCCUGAUGCAUGGUGGACCAAAUGAAGGACAUGAUGUUCCAGGUACAGUACUUCACUGCUGGCUGCUUUUCUGCAUUAGAUUGGAGUAGUGGGUUGAGAAAUUCUGUGUUCCCUUGCAUAUGAAGAGAAGGACCGCUGCUUUCUUCAGGGAACAGCAUAUUGAGCUCCUCAUUCACUAGCAUGUCAACAGCAUAAUGCAUGAAGUAGGAAGGAUACUGGUUUAAACCAAACUGCACAUCAAAACAGAGAUUUGGGUUAUUCUGAAGCCUCAUCAGUAAUUCUGUGGCAUUGCUUCCAACCCAGAUCCAUGAAUCUUGUACCUCAACAACAUUUUCAUAGCAUUAUGUUUGCCUUCUUCCAAACAUAAUUUGUUAUAGAUGUGGUUCCCCAUUACUGCAAAGAAGUGCGACUCUGCAAGCACUGGCACCUCUAGUUUUGGAUGUGUUUUGUCAAUAAUUUCAAGACAGACAUUGGAUAUAUUAUAAUUUUUUGUUUUCUGCAUGGCAGUUUUAUAUUCAUCCAUGUCAAGAAGGGUGUGGAAAUAGUCCUUGUUGUUGUCAACUCCUUGUUCCACAGAUGCUAUAAUACAUAUUCAGGAUUGACUGCAGCUUGUCCAUUUGGUUUUCUCUGCACUCCCAUGGCAGAAGAUUAUGUUGUAAAAAUGUUUUCAAACCAUGUGGGAUGCAGCAUUCUGGGUUAACUUCCAUCCUGCUGCAGCUCCCUUCUGGAGCAAAUGGAUUGCUUGUAUCUUCAUAAUACUCUUGUCACUGAUCGCUGUUAAUCACAUUGACCAUUACUCAGUUGAAGUCCUGGUGUCCUUGAUUGAAUCCACAAUUCAAUCCAGUCCAGCAGUUUUUACAACAGUUGUCAUGGGUUAGUGACUAGGCAUAGGAUUUGAAUUGAUAAAUGUUAUUAAAUACUUACUACUCUUAACUACAGAUUACAACAACACUUUUACUACUGUUCACACUCUGCAAAUAACUACAGAAUGUCUUCAUGUGUUCAUUGCUUAUUUACAGCCUCCAGUAACGGGACACUCUCCCUAAUACUUCUGUGCUUGAUGGCCCCUUUUUUGGGCAAAACAGAGCAGUAAUUUGCUGCUGGGCUUCGCCAGCACAGUCAUUCUCGGUGUUUGGCUCUGUCAGAACCUAUGGACAUAUUUUUGUUCCUUGUGAGACUGUGUUUUUUGAAAUGGGGCCUUCUCUUGUAUUAGAGUAGGUGUUUCUGACUGCUGUGAGCAUAGCAGUAACUUGCUCAUUGACUCUUUGGUUUGGUUUGGUUAAAUUGAUGUUGGUCUUGCCAGCACAAUCAUUCUUGGUUUCAGCUCCCAUGGGACGCAAUGACCAUAUAUUUUUUUCUGUCUGAAAGUCGAAGUUAUGUUACGCCCGAUGGUCAGUUGGCCAGUCUGUCUUGGUGUCAAGCUCCAUCUGUGGUCCAAGACUAGAUUUUUGUUAUUGUCAGACACUUUCAGGUUUGUUGGUGUGGGGCACCCUCUCUGAUGAGAGGACAGGUGUAUCUUUUGCAACCACUGCUGGGUCUUGCCAGCACAGUCAUUCUUUGGUCUGAGCCCUGCUGGACUCAUGACUAUAUUUUACUGUCUUAGAUUUGAGACUCACCCAACCUGGAGGGCCAGGUCCCCGUAUUUAUAUCUCCUAGGAACAGGGUGGCCCCGUUUUAUCCCCAGGCACUUAGUUCCCUUUUGUGGCCUCCUUUGACUCAAAGGGCUAUGUUUGGAGGUAUUUGAUCCUGCCUUCACACGGGGUGCUCUUUCCAUCUCACAGCUGUGGCCCUCCGAAUAUAGCUUCAGCAUGGGCCAGUCAUUGUGAGCAUAUUCUUUGCCAUGAAAACUUGUCUAAGCAAGCUGUUCAUUAGCAAUGGAUGAUUCCAUGACACUUCUCUGACUCCAGUAUUUUAGCUCUGAGGCAUCUUGUCACAAUAUUCUGCCAAAUUCAGUAUUUUCAAAGGAAAUUGUUCUAGAAUCCAUUACUUACAUCUGAUAUAAAGCCACCAUCUUGUUUGUAAUGACCUUAUAUGUAUUAACAAAAUUGUGGGUCAGAGAGGCUGAUUUGUCCAGACAUCACUGGCUCUUCACACUAUUCAGUGAUGCAAUUUCAAGGCCAGUAUGACAGAAUCCAGUUUUUGGCUUGAUUUAAUGCAGUAUUCGAAAAAAAUUAAUAUAUGGGAUCACACAUGUUCAAUUAUGCACUAGCAGUUACAGAAUGUCCAUUGAGCAAAUAAUCUUCCAGUGUUUCUCUUCAGUAUUUAAAAUAGAAUGACACCGCUUACCUUCCUCACUUUUUGUGGGCAUAGUAGACCAGUUGCACAGUGGUUAAUCCAGGCACUUUGCUCAUAACAGGAUGUAUUUUACAUAUUCAGGUUUCUGUUGUUUUUGUCAGUAUUGUUUCAAAUGUGUAAGAAAAAUCCUUGUAUUCUCCCACAGCAUCUGCCGUUCCAUGUUACUUUAGUUCAGCUUUGGGUACUCAGGGAAUUACAGUCAAGGUUAGCAGAAUUGAAGCUCUGAAAAUUUAGUGUCUUGUAGAAAUAGGUAUAAGUCUGAAUUUGGUAAACAAAUUUCAGUACACAUUGGUGCAAUGUGUUGCACAAAUCAUACAUUUGUUCCAGGCUGUCAGUAGGAAAUGACAUGACAUGGCAUGGCAGUUGUAUACUCCAUAUCUAAGCCUUGGUAGAUGACCUGUAUGCAAGCCUUUUGGUAGCAAUAUCAAUUAGGAUAAUCUCUCUUUAUGGGAGCCUAGUUAAACAAAAUUAAAUCCUGAAAAGUACUGUGUUGAGAUUUUUACAUUUCGUAUAUAUGCCAUCUUUGUAGUAUAUGAUUUUUAUGAAUGAAUUCAGUCAUGUUUGUGACAGUUAUUUGGUUCUAUUUGGUGUGGGCUUUUAAACACAUGUGUAUUAAUUACACUGUUUUGCCCUACUUUCCUUAUUCUGUAUGGAAAUAUAUGCUUCUAUAAUCUUGUCUGUA